AUGCCUCCAUUCAAGAGCAUCCCUGGUUACCAUAUACCUUGCAAUUAUCAUUUCCACCGUAGCAUGCACGUUCAUUUCACGGUGGCUACGACUGGCACACAGAAACCACCUGUGUCCGUGAAUUACCAUUUCACCCGCCAGUGCAACAAAUCAUGUGGAUUUUGCUUCCAUACCGCGACCACGUCCUUUAAACUGUCCAUUUCAAAUGCCAAAAAGGGUCUUCACAAGUUGAAACAUGCCGGCAUGCGGAAAAUCAACUUUGCAGGAGGAGAACCGUUUAUGUAUCCCAAACUCCUUGGGCCUAUGGUUCAAUUCUGCAAGGAAGAACUAAACCUGGAAUCAGUCUCAAUAGUCACCAAUGGUAGCCUAGUCAAACGUGAUUUCCUCGAGAAAUACGGCCGGUUCAUCGAUAUCUUGGCCGUGUCAUGCGACUCUUUCAACGAGCAAACGAACAUCGACAUCGGCCGGGGAAAAGGCGAUCAAGUGCCGCAGCUUUUUCGCAUAGCCCAAUGGUGCAAGGAGUACGGCAUCAAGUUCAAAUUGAAUACGGUUGUCUGCAACCUAAACCACCAGGAAGACAUGAAUUCUGUCGUUGAAAAGCUACAGCCCUUCAGGUGGAAAUGUUUUCAGGUCCUGAUGGUCCAAGGGGAGAAUGACUCUGACAAAACAAUGAGGGAUGUGCGCAAGUUUCAAAUCACCGACCAGCAGUACGAGGAGUUCUGUCGUCGACAUGAGCAUCAACCUUCAUUUGUUGCGGAGCCGAACAAUCUUAUGGCCAAGUCAUAUUUGAUUCUGGAUGAAUAUAUGCGGUUUCUAGAUAGGGAUGGCCGAGGUCCGUCUGCAUUUAUUCUGGACGUUGGCGUGUUUACUGCUUUGGGGCAAGUAUACUGGGAUGAGACGAGUUUCAAGAAACGUGGUGGUAUCUAUAACUGGAGCAGAGAAAAGAAUGAACCGUCCUGCGGGUCUAACGACAAGGCUUUGGAAUGGUGA